AUGUUAAUAUCAAUCUUGCUAUUGAUAAAUUCUAUCUUAUUCAUUUGUGCAUGUAAUUAUCGACCAAACAAAACAGAUAAAAUAAAAACCAUCGGUUCCUUAGAUUUUGAUGGUGUUACAUGGAAAGGUAAAAAUCUUGAGUUACCUGAAUUGUCGUAUUAUGAAGGAAAAAAACAAUCUUCAUUAACAGAAAAAAAGAGUUCCUCUGUCAAAAGUAUAUCAAGUGAUAGCGAAAAAAAAAUUACUUUAACAAAGAAAGGUCUUGAAAUACAACAGAUAGUUGAUGAAAUUAGUAUUAGUAAAAAAGAAGAUUGUAAUAUUUUUUCGAAUAUGAACAUUGAUCAUCCAUUGAGUAUAGUAGAAUAUACUAAUGAUCCUAAGAUUGUAUCAAAAGUAAAUGUUGGAAAAGUUUGUCAUAAAGAUAAUGCAAAGAAUGUGGUAAAAAAUAGAAAACAAAUAAUUAAUAAUUCUAAUAAAUUGGUAGAAAUACCAAUAAAUAAUUUUAGAUAA